ACAGGUGAAGUGUUUUUUCAUGCCCGGUUGUUUUCAGCGUGACGAAUGAUUCACAUUUCCUGUAGACAGUCCGAGUGAGCGGCAGGUCAAAAAUACGGUAUACAUUUUUCUGACCUGCCCCAUGUAUUUAUAUGUAGCCGAUGACUCGUCAAAUUUUGUAAAAAAUACCGCUAUACCAUAAUAACAAAUACAAACUGUUACACCAAAGUAAACAAAAUCUAUAACAUCACGUUAUUUAAUCAAACUGAGAUUUAAUAUUCCUACACUACUGUAUAUGGACAAAAGUUUGGAGAAAUCUAACCAAAUAAUUUGUGCUUUUUUUUAAACAUUCCAUUCCACAUUUAGUCUCCAUUUACUGCUACAAUAACCUCCAAACAUCUGAGAAGAUGUUCCACUAGAUUUUGUUUAGAUGUGUGUGAGAUUUAUUCAGCUGUAAGGUUGUUAGUAAAGUCAGGUACUGAUGGAGGUGAGGUGCGGAGGACUGGGAUCACGUUCCGAAGGGUUUAUAGCUCUAUAGCAGAAGAUCUUCCACAAGAAUAUUCCCAUAUAAAGCAUAUCUUAAUAGGGUUUGCUUUACAACAUCCACAUCAACAACAUCCAAAAGCAUCCUGUACAAUUGUGUGCCUCCAACUUUGUGGUAAAAGUUUGGAGAAGAAUCUCAUAUGGCUGGAAAAACAAUCAGGUGUCCCAAUACUUUUGCCCAGACAUUUUCUGUCUCAUAGCAGCUGAGCACUUAGCAUGAGGCAGACUUAUUGAAGACCAGAUGUAAAUGUGGCUGCACCUGUUGCAAAAUUUUGUUAUGUGUUUGGUUGAUUUAAUGUUGCCAAGUAACCUGAAACUCCCCCUUUCAAACCUUAUGAUGGAUCACUUUCCUUUUCCCUACAGCAUGCAGAUGAAGUCGUCUUUAUUUACAUAUACAGUGUAAAAUAAUUUAUAUGUAAAUAGUGUAAAAUAAUAAAUUAUAUGUAUAUAGUACACACACAUAUAUAUAUAUAUAUAUAGUGUAAAAUAAAAGCUAGUGUAUUCUUUAUAUAUGUAUGUUGAUUUGUUUACGGCAGUCGUUUUUGCUAUGGAGUAGUAGGACUGGUGUUUUUAUACAUAUAGUUUCUGUGUGUGUGUGUGUGUGUGUGUGUGUGUGUGUGUGUGUGUGUGUGUGUGUGUGUCAGUUUGAAACCACGCAGUGUGUAUGGGGAGGAUAGAUACAAUAUCUUUGUGGGUGCGACUUUGUGUGUGUGUGUGUGUGUGUGUGUGUGUGUGUGUGUGUGUGUGUGUAUGUGUGAGAGAGACGUUUUUAGAAACAUGCAAAUAUCGUCUGCUUAUUGACUCUAACAUCACAGAGCAGGCGUUUGAUCAUCUCGUUUGCAGAGAAAAUGCUUUUGUAUUUAUUACAGGUGUAUUAAUGAAAUGCCAGCUGAUUUUCAUCUGAUUUUAGAUUUAAAUAGUUGCUAUUGUUCCGAGAGAGUCUACAAAAGAAUCUACAACUCUCAAGCAAAAAAAAUUUGCUCUUCUGUGAAGAAGAUGUAACGAUGGGCCAAUCUGGUUGAAACUGACCGAAGCACUGAUUGAUCUGUUACACUUAUACAUCACUAUCUUCAUUAAGAAGUCAACAUGAGGACACUAGAAGAAAUCGAACAGUUGGAGCAGUCUCGAUACGGACGGCCCUCACCAAGGCAUGGUCUCAAGUUGCUGUAUUGGUUUGCUAAGAACUGUCUCUCUUUCAAGCAAAACAAUGUCAUGCUGUCACACUGUUAUCCAAGUAAAGGACAUUUUGGGUUUCACACAUUUGAAAACAAAUAUGAAAGAAACGGUUAUAAACUUUUGCCUGAUGUGGCGCUUCCCUACUACGAAGUUGGCAAUCUGAGCAAACCAACUGCUCAACAUCUUCCGUCUUAUGUCCGAGAGGAUUACACCGGGCUCCGAGACAGCAGCAACAAGGACCGCAUCAUAGUCAGCCUCAACAACAAGUGGCUUCAUAGCAUUUAUGUGACUGAGCACAGUGAUUGGUCAAGUUUUAACAAACAAGCCACCUACUGCAUCAGCAAGCACCUCAUUCGGAUGAUCAGGGAUCUGACCUUAGAAGAGUUUCUUCUAAAAACUGGUUAUUUGAAAGAGCACAUAAACACACAUGGUCCUACAGAACUGAGGAACCAACUACCUUCAGUCUUCGCUCCACUAAUAACCUCCAUCAACAUUCCAGUACAAGACAUUUACACUGAGGGCAUAUCAACUAUGGUCUUAAUGAAGAGUGACAUGCAAGGACACCAUAAAGCUCCAUCAAAAUCCUCAUCCUCCUUUUGUACUCCAGCAUCUACAUCUCCAGCAAACCAAGACCUUCACACUGAGGCCGAAUUACCUUUAAGCUUGAUAAAUAAUAAUACACAAGAACACCAUGAAGCUUCAUCAACAUCUCCAGCACAUACAUCUUCUUUAAACCGAGACUUUCACACUAGAAUUGAACUUCCUUCAGACUUCCAAACAAUCUCCACCUUCACGCCAUCUACUUCUUUACAAAAGAAAUAUUUCUUCUGGGGGUUUUGUUUGCUCAUUCUGUUUUUGUUUUUUUAUUUGUAUAGACGGACGUUAUGAAAGUUUCGACGAUUAUCGUUUUUCUAUCUUCGUCAUUCCGUCUGAAAAAACGCAACAAAACACAAAUCCACGCUGUGACCACCAACGCAUUUGGCCUGAACGUCAAAUCUCCAACGAACCAAAAACCCUGAUACGGGCCCUUCUCCAAUUUCAAAAUCAACUCUUUCUUUUGGGUGUUUUAUUUUCUUUGUCUUUUUAUCUUUUUCUAUUACUUCUGGGGGACAGUGAUGCAGAUAUUUCUCAUUGCUGCGUUUUUAUUCCAGACACAUAUCUCGAAGAUAUGUGAAUGAUGAGAACUUUGAAUGCUGUGUUUCAAACUGUUCCUUUCAUUAUAGCUGGAAAAUCUCACUUGCAUCCUUAGGCCAAGUCUUUAUGGCAUUCAGUCUUACAUUUAUCUCAUUUGUACCACUGAGCAGAUAUGGGAUAAACACUCUGGAUGGUUCCAUUUAGGCUUUGGACUGCAAUGUAUAUAAACAGUUACCCACAAUGCAUUUGAACUACAACUGGCCCAAACAAUUCUGCACUCAAGUGUCCAUCAGUGAAACAAUGAUGGAACUGUAAUAAUGAUUUGGUGUUUGGAGUCUGGUUCCUAGGUCACUAUAGGUCACUAAUUCAUAUUCCUUGGCAGCGUAUAUAAAAUGUAUAUUCUUGAUCUAUAUAUUUUCAACAGUGUCCAUUGUUAAAAGUGCUAUAUAAAUAAAAUUAAAAUUAAUUAAACAUUACAUCACACCUUUUUUUCCAAGUCUGCUGGAAACUAUGUGUACGAAAAUGAAUACCGUAAUUUCCGGAGUAUUAAACGCACCCAAUUAUAAGCCGCACCCACUGAAUUUU